AUACAUCGAUAUUUGUUCAAUCAUCGUUUACUUAUUUGUUAUUAGUCAAUUUUAUUUUAAAUAUUAAAUUUUUGUAUUUGUUGGUGAUUAAUUUACAUGGAAACCAAUCUAAACUAUUCCAAAUAUGCGCUCAUCUCGCGUCAAAUUGAGCUGAUCUCGUGUGAGCUUCUCCAUUCCGAUGUGGACUGCAAUGUUAACAGCAAAUCGUAUCCAAAUACGCAUUCCGAGAAACUGCUGCUGGUCGAACCAGGGGCAUUGAUAAAAAUCAUUGGCACUCCCGAUGGCAACGAAAGUGAUAAAAACAUUGUUCAGCUCAUAGACUUCAAGAAGAACUCCUCAACAAAUAACUUUUACGAAUGCAGGACAAGCUACCUGGUCAAAGUGACCGAGGCUCUUUGGCCAUAUGUGAUAAGCAUUGUGAAUUUGGAGCGACGAUUGCGCCUGGCCUGCAACAAGGAACAAUGCCUCUGGUUGAUUAACUUAAAGGUCGACGAUCUUUUGAGUGUCCAUGGAGAAUUGUUUAAGAAGAAAAAUUCAUAUUUUGAUUGCAUUCUACGGUACAUUGGCCCAGUGCCGGAAUUAAAUCCAGUUGGUUAUUUUUUUGGCUUGGAAAUAUUGCAUCUUAAUAAUGGUUACUCACCACAAGCCAAGGACAUUCCAUUCGCAACGAAAUAUAUGCCGUGUGAGCCGAAUUUAACGAUAUUUGCAACAGCUGAUUGGAUAACUCCCAUUCCGAAUGAAUUGAAAAAUAAAUUAUCUGCAAGAAAAUUGAUUAACGAAACAAUUGAACGGGUCUACACAGCCAUUGUGCCAAAUGUUCAUACCACACAAAAGAAACGACAGCCAACAUCCCAGUUUUAUGAUUCAAGCCCACUAAUUGGCCGGAGUCCAGCUAAAGCCGAUCUAGAUACAAUGGCAGAACCCUUGGAAACUGAGGAUUGUAUGCCAAUAGCUGACAAGAGCAAAUCCAGCAAUAAAGAGUAUAAAAUAGCUAUAGGCAAUAAUGUGCCGGCAUCUGUGGAACGAAAGAGUACAAAUCAUUUCAAUGCAAAGGAUUCGACUGGAUUUCGAAAGAACAAUUUUCAUGCUGGUGACACAAUGAACAUUAAGGAUCGGGACAUUAUCGUCAUCAACAAAUCGGACAUUGAGGAGUCCACCAAGAACGAACAUAAUGUCAUCAUUGUUAACAAUCCUCAAGAAAAGGAGAAUGUUGACUUAGCCGAUUUGCUUGGUUCGAAUUGGCCAACAAAUGCUGGAGGAGCAGCAAUGAUUUUAAACCGACCAAAAACUACGGACAAUAAUUUAGAAAAAUCGGUAACAUCGUCUGGUAAUUUUGUAAGGAAUAAGGAAGACUUUGCCCAAAAAGUUAUUUCACCGGUGGAUGUCAAAUCUAUUGCAAAUCCUGAGAUAAACAGUUCAAAUUACCAGGAGUUACAUGAAAUACCUGGAACUAAACUAACGAUCGGAUCUCUCGUUGAGGUAUCGGAUUCUGGAAUUUGUGCCGAUCUAUAUGGCGUAAUACGUUGGAUCGGCAUAGCGCCGGACUUGCCACACAUAUUAGUUGGCAUCGAAGUGGAAGAUGAUCCAAACUUAAAGAAUCUUACCACAUCGGAUGGAACUUAUAAUGGCGUCCGAUUGUUUCAGUGUCGUGAAGGUGGAGCUAUUUUCGUGCCUCCCAAUAAAUGCACAAAUGAUCGAAGGUUUGUCGAAACCGAGGGAAAUCAUUCAGUAAGCGUUAUUUCAACUGACACGAAUGCAGUUAAAUUUGGACAUGUUGAUUGCCCUCCAGUUUUGGGCGCUGUUGCACCAUUAGGCAUACACAACAUCGAUGAACUGGAAAAUAUUUGCGGUAAAUUUAAAGGCAUCCAGGGACACCACAAUUCAUGUUAUUUGGACGCAACAUUGUUUUCCAUGUUUACGUUCACGAGCGUAUUUGAUUCCAUUUUAUAUAGAAGACCAGAUGCUCAGGACAUUUCACACUAUAGUGCUGUUCAGAACGUUUUACGAGAUGAGAUUGUUAAUCCAUUGCGAAAGAAUGUUUUUGUUCGUGCGGAUCGGGUAAUGAAACUACGCAAAUUUCUGGAUCAGCUUAGUUCUGUGAGCGGCUUGACCAGUGAGGAAAAGGAUCCAGAAGAGUUCUUAAACAGUUUGCUGUCUCAAAUAAUGCGAGUGGAACCAUUUUUAAAAUUAAGCUCUGGACAAGAUUCAUAUUUUUAUCAAUUGUUUGUGGAGAAAGACGAACGACUUACAUUUCCGACGGUCCAGCAGCUAUUUGAGCAAAGUUUCCAUUCGUCCGACAUCAAAUUGAAAGAAGUGCCGUCAUGUCUUAUUAUACAAAUGCCUCGCUUUGGCAAGAGCUACAAAAUGUAUUCCCGAAUUUUACCAUCCCAAGUGCUGGAUAUUACAGAUAUAAUUGAAGACUCACCGCGACAGUGUUCGGUUUGUGGCAAACUGGCUGAAUAUGAAUGUCGUGAAUGUUUUGGUUCCUUGCAGGCAGGCUCUGGACUUGAGGGCACAGCCUUUUGUCAAAAAUGCCUUAAUACGGCCCAUAUGCAUGCUAAAAGAGCUAAUCAUGAGUCGAAGAAACUGUCUGUGCCAAGGGAUUUCAAAGUGAUGGCUGAUCACAUGACUUUGCCCAGACUGUAUAUGGAAUUAUUUGCCGUUGUGUGUAUAGAAACAUCGCAUUAUGUGGCAUUCGUAAAGGCAGGAUCAGGACCAGAUGCUCCAUGGUGUUUCUUUGACUCAAUGGCAGAUAGAAAAGGUGAAAAGAAUGGAUAUAAUAUACCUGAAAUGAUAUCCGUUCGGGAAUUGCCUCAAUGGCUAUCAGAUGAGGGCGCUCGAGUAAUCAAUGAAAGAUCAAUAAAGGAUAAAGUUUUACCUGAACACGCAAAGCGUCUGUUUUGCGAUGCCUAUAUGUGCAUGUACCAAAGCACCGAUGUUAUGAUGUAUCACUAACGAUAUGCUUAUGAUCAGUUAUAACAAUAAAUCAUUGCUACAUAUAAUGUAAA